AUGGGGUCACCCGCUUCUCCGUCUUCGCCAGCAUAUAGUCCUUGUGCUUCACCAACGCUUUCAGGUUCUUGGCAUAUGAAAUCUCAUGCUGAACUUACCGCUUCAUUAAAAGAAGCUUAUAAUAUGGUAAAAGAGAAAGAAAGAGAUCUUACUCUUGCCGCUGAAAUCGGUAAAAGCUUGCUUGAGAAUAAUAUAGCUCUUAAAGCAAAAUAUGAGGAACUCGUAAUUGAAUACCAACAGUUACAACGUAAAGAGCGAAGUAAAGCUACUUUUGCGUUACAUGCUGAAAAACCAAACGUGGUUCCGAUAGCUCCUCCUAAUAGCUCUGUCAUUGAUGAUAGUGAUUUCGAAGAUAGUGAUUUGGAACCACACCAAAUUUCUAGUUCCUUCGAAUCUUCUCCUCACUUAUAUGAUAGAUCCGAUAAUAAAUUAAGAAGUCGUAAGAAGAGUGAUCAACCUGUUAGUUAUAAAGACCUUGAAAGCAUAAAAGAAUUAGAACUCAGAAAUCAAUUACUCCAAUCCCAACUUGAUGAUAUUAUAAAGGAACAUAACGAUAGUGAUAGAACUAAUAAAGCAAAAAUACGAAAAUUAGAGUCCGAUAUUAAUCAUUACCAAGAAGUUUAUACAUCUGCCACCCAUCAAAUUGAAGUCCUUGAACAAGAAAACGAACGUUUACAACAAAAACAAAAAUCGGAUUUUUGGAAUAUUAAAUAUAAUAAAAAAUCUUCAAAUGAUGACGAUGUUAUCGAAACUUUACUAGCCAAAGUCUCGGAGUUAGAAUCUCAAAAUAACGCCGUUGAGCGUACCAAGGCUGAAAUUGAGAAACGACUUCAAAGAACUGUAAAGGAUUUGGAUGCUCUUCAAGAACAAUUCAAUGAUUUAUCAGAACAAUCAAAAGAUUAUGAGUUAUUGAAGGUUGCCCAUCGAGAACAAGAACUUCUUAUCAAUGAGCUCAAUGAAUCUCUGGAAGAACAACAUGGUGUAAAUUCAUUCGGUUCUGUAACAAAUCCCAAUUCACAGCAAACUUUUGGCAGCAAGAUUCGAACUACUUUACUCUCUGAAUUGGAAAAUGUGUGGUACAGAGAAGCCAACCUAUUUCAAAGAGAUAGGAAGAAAUCAAUUAGCGAAUCAUCUCCUGCUUUCUCUCCUAUUGCUUCAGAAAAAGAUCUGGCAAAUUUCUUUUUGAAUGGUUCACAACCUGAUGAUGAUAUAUCUCAAUUAGAUUAUUUAUCUGAUGAUGAUUUUAGUUUCUUGGAUGAAUUUGAAGAAGAUGAUGAGAUGGCAAUGCGGAAACGAGAAUGGUUUUGGAAGCGAUGGGCAAGAUAU